AAUUCAGAAAUGUAGGGAGGGAGUGGCUGGCUCUUUUGUUUUGUUAUUUGGUGUUAUUCAUAGAUAAAUAAUAUUAUUCGCAAUACAUAUUAUCCAAUUAUUGAAGUAGAAAUCAAUACACAGACAGACCAACUUUAAUCAAACGGAAGAACAAAAAUGGAAGUAAAACAAGAAGUUGGUGAGGAGACUUAUAAAAUUGAUAAUGACGUGAAUGAUACCCUUCUGGAUAAUUUUAAAAUUGAAAUUAAGGAAGAACCGAAAAGUGAAACUACACAUGAUACAUUUGAUAACGUAAAUUUGAUGAAAAUUCCCAUAAAAAUUGAAAUAGGACAAGAUGAACAUAAACCUAUGUCAUCGGAACAAAGCCAAAUAAAGGAAGAAGGCUUUCCCCAAGAGGAGAACACAUUGAAAAGUAUGAAAACACUACACGCACAUACAAGUAAUAAAGAACAACAUAUGAGUCAACAGGUUAAAAAAAAUACAUUAAAAUGUGAAAUUUGUGUUAAACAGUUUGCUUGGAAAAAAAAUCUCAAAGAACAUAUGACAAUUCACACUGGAGUAAAACCUUAUAAGUGUGAAAUUUGUUUGAAGCAGUUUAUUCGUCCGUACGCUUUGAAAACUCAUUUGAGACUGCACACCGGAGAAAAACCAUACAAGUGCGAAAUUUGUUCGAAGCAGUUCAGUUUUAAAAAUUCUUUUGGUCAUCACAUGAAAGUUCACACCGAGAAAAACCUUACAGGUGUGAAAGCUGUUUCAAGCAGUUUGCUACUGAAAUGUAUUUAAAACAACAUAUAAAAAUUCACACUGGAGAAAAACCUUACACAUGUGAAAUUUGUUUUAAGCAGUUUGCUAGGAAAAGACAUUUCAAAGAUCAUAUGAGAAUUCACACUGGAGAAAAACCUUAUAACUGUGAAAUUUGUUUGAAGCAGUUUACUCGUCCGUACUUUUUAAAAACUCAUUUGAGACUGCACACUGGUGAAAAACCAUACAAGUGCGAAAUUUGUUUGAAGCAGUUCCGUCUUAAAAAUUCUUUUGAUUAUCACAUGGAAGUUCACACUGGACAAAAACCUUACAAGUGUGAAAUUUGUUUUAAAGAGUUUACUACAAAAAUGUGUUUAAACCAACAUAUGAAAAUUCACACUGGAGAAAAACCACACAAGUGCGAAAUUUGUUUGAAGCAGUUCACUUUUAAAAACUCUUUAAAUUAUCACAUGAGAGUUCAUACUGGAGAAAAAUUUUACAGGUGUGAAAUUUGUUUGAAUCAGUUUGCUACUAAAAUGUAUUUAAAACAACAUAUGAAAAUUCACACUGGAGAAAAACCUUACACAUGUGAAAUUUGUUGUAAGCAGUUUACUAGUUCAAGAAAUUUAAAAACACAUUCAAGAUUUCACACUGGAGAAAAACCUUACACAUGUGAAAUUUGUUUUAAGCCAUUUGCUAGUGCAAGUAAUUUAAACACACAUUCAAAAUAUCACACUGGAGAAAAACCUCACAAGUGUGAAAUUUGUUAUAAGCAGUUUACCCAAAAAAGUAUAUUAUAUAGACAUAUGCGUGUGCACACUGGAGAAAAACCUUACAAGUGCGAAAUUUGUUUUAAGCAGUUUACUCUAGCAAGCACUUUAAAAGAUCAUUUGAGAUUGCACACUGGUGAAAAACCGUACGAGUGCGAAAUAUGUUUUAAGCAGUUUCCUCGAGAGUACGAUUUGAAAUGUCAUUUGAGAGUCCACACUGGAGAAAAACCUUACGCUUGUGAAAUUUGUUUUAAACAGUUUAGCCAAGCAGGUUCUUUGAAAUCACAUUUGAGGUUGCAUACUGGAGAAAAAUCCUAGAUUGGCACAUUUUUAUUAAUUUGUUGUUAUUAAAAAGAUAAAAAAAACUGCAAAGAUAUUUGUUUUGAAAGGUUUUAAGAUUGUUAAAUGUGCUGUGCAGUUUUUUAGACUCCAUGUGUUUGGAAAAAACAUUUGAGAAUCGACAAUGGAAAUAAGCCGUUAAAAUGUUUAUAAAAGAUCGCCAUCGAGUAUUCACCCGAAAUUUUUGUACAUAUCAAUUAAAAAAUUGUUCAUGAAAAGGCUUUCCCCAAGAGAAGAACACAUUGGAAAGUAUGAAAACAAUACCCGCACAUACAAGUAAUAAACAAUACCCGCACAUACAACAGGUUAAAAAAAAUACAUUAAAAUGUGAAAUUUGUGUUAAACAGUUUGCUUGGAAAAAAAAUCUCAAAGAACAUAUUAGAAUUCACACUGGAGUAAAACCUUAUAAGUGUGAAAUUUGUUUCAAGGAGUUUAUUCGUCCGUGCGCUUUGAAAGCUCAUUUGAGACUGCACACUGGAGAAAAACCAUACAAGUGCGAAAUUUGUUUGAAGCAGUUCCAUCUUAAAAAUUCUUUUGAUUAUCACAUGAAAGUUCACAGUGGACAAAAACCUUACAAGUGUGAAAUUUGUUUUAAAGAGUUAACUACUAAAAUGUGUUUAAACCGUCACAUGAAAGUUCACACCGGAGAAAAACCUUACAGGUGUGAAAGCUGUUUCAAGCAGUUUGCCACUGAAAUGUAUUUAAAACGACAUAUGAAAAUUCACACUGGAGAAAAACCUUACACAUGUGAAAUUUGUUUUAAGCAGUUUGCUAGGAAAAGACAUUUACUCAAAGAUCAUAUGAGAAUUCACACUGGAGAAAAACCUUACAAGUGUGAUGUUUGUUUGAAGCAGUUUAUUCGUCCGUACGCUUUGAAAAUUCAUUUGAGACUGCACACUGGAGAAAAACCAUAUAAGUGCGAAAUUUGUUUGAAGCAGUUCCGUCUUAAACUUUCUUUUGAUUAUCACAUGGAAGUUCACACCGGACAAAAACCUUACAAGUGCGAAAUUUGUUUUAAGCAGUUUCCUCGAGAGUAUGCUUUGAAAUGUCAUUUGAGAGUCCACACUGGAGAAAAGCCUUACGCUUGUAAAAUUUGUUUUAAACAGUUUAGCCAAGCAGGUUCUUUGAAAUCACAUUUGAGGUUGCAUACUGGAGAAAAAUCUUAGAUAGACACAUUUUUAAUAACUCGUUGUUGAGCAGUUUUAUUAAAAAGAUAAAAAACUGCGAAGAUACUUGUUUUGAAAGGUUUUAAGAUUGUUAAAUGUGCUGUGCAGUUUUUUAGACUCCAUGUGUUGGGAGAAAAUUUUUGAGAAUCGAUAAUGGAAAUAAGCCGUUGAAGUAUUUAUAAAAGAACGCCAUCGAGUAUUUAACCGAAAUUUUUGUAUAUAUAAAUUGAAAAAUUGUUCAUAAAAAGUUAAAUUUGUAUUAU